GCCGGAGAGGAAGCCGGGCAGCUGUUGCUGCUGCUUCUUUCUCCGUCCGCAGGGAGUCCUGCGCGCCGCAGUGGACCGAGCCCCCCGCUCCCGUUUUCAGAACCCACCGGACGCGCGUCUGACCCGCUGCACGUCUGAACGCAGGCUCGGCAAAAGGCGCGGCGGGGCUCAGUUCCAACAGCAACCAGCCCUGUCCCCCAGCGCUCUCCUCUUCGCCUUGUCCCGGGCAGCAGCAGCAGCAGCCAGCGAGCCUCUCGCCCGCCCCGGCGCCGCCUCCCCGGCCGAGGGGGAGCGAAGGCGGGCGGGAGGAAGGGGAGGGCGCCAGGAAGGGUCCCGAGGACGCCGCCGCCGCCGCCGCCUCCUCACAUGACUGCCGAGAGAGAAGGAGGCGAGCCAUGGACGAGGAGCCGCCCGCCGCGGGAACGGGGGCAGCCGGAGGGGCCUCAGACUCUGCAAAGCCUCCAAGUGAUCUGAAGGAGCCGGAAGAGUCUCUGAUGCAGACUCCCCAGGGGAACCCGCUGGUGCUUCCCCACACCCUCCCAGAGCUGUUGAGCAAGGACACGGUGCAGGUGGAGCUGAUUCCUGAGAAAAAGGGUCUCUUCCUGAAGCAUGUGGAAUACGAAGUUUCCAGUAAGCGUUUCAGGUGCUCAGUGUACAGGCGGUACAAUGACUUUGUGGUCUUCCAUGAGAUGCUUCUUCAGAAGUUCCCCUACCGUAUGGUUCCUGCUCUUCCCCCCAAAAGAAUGCUAGGAGCUGACCGAGAAUUUAUUGAGACGAGGCGGCGCGCAUUGAAGCGCUUCAUUAACCUGGUGGCUCGGCAUCCUCCGUUCUCGGAAGAUGUGCUUUUGAAGCUCUUCCUCUCCUUCAGCGGGUCGGAUGUGCAGAACAAGCUGAGGGAGUUGGUCCAGGGUGUGGGAGACGAAUUCAUGACUUGCAAGCUCGCAACUCAGGCCAAGGAUUUCCUGCCAGCUGACAUCCAGGUCCAGUUCGCUGCCAGCAGGGAGCUGAUCCGAAACAUCUACAACAGCUUUUACAAACUGCGGGAUCGAACAGAGAGGAUAGCCUCCCGAGCUGUUGACAAUGCCUCAGACCUCCUUUUGUUUGGGAAGGAACUAAGUGCUCUGGGCUCCGACACAACCCCACUCCCUUCCUGGGCUUCUCUGAACAAUAGUGCUUGGGGAAACCUCAAACAGGCCCUGAAAGGCCUUUCUGUCGAAUUUGCACUGCUGGCUGACAAAGCUGUUCAACAGGGUAAACAGGAAGAGAAUGAUGUGGUGGAGAAGCUGAACCUUUUCCUGGACUUGCUCCAGUCCUAUAAAGAUCUUUGCGAGCGGCAUGAGAAGGGAGUUCUACACAAGCACCAGAGAGCCUUGCAUAAAUAUAGCAUGAUGAAGAGGCAGAUGAUGAGCGCCACAGUGCAGAACAAAGAGCCAGAGUCUGUGGAGCAGCUGGAAUCCCGAAUAGUGGAGCAAGAGAACGCUAUUCUGACUAUGGAGCUGCGGAAUUACUUCUCACUGUACUGUCUGCACCAAGAGACCCAACUGAUCCACAUUUACCUUCCUCUAACAUCUCACAUCUUGGGGGCUUUUGUCAAUUCACAGAUCCAAGGUCACAAGGAGAUGAGCAAAGUCUGGAAUGAACUGAAGCCGAAGCUGAGCUGCCUUUUCUCCGGAUCAAGCAACUUGUCAGCUCCACCCUUGUCUUCCCAAGAAGUCAACUUCUUUCCUAGUUAAUGCUUUUGGACUGGGGGCGUGGCAGGGAGCGAAAGGGAGGAGCUUGUUCUCCUGCGCAUAUGGAUGUCGAGAAGUCUCCUCCCAUCGGCUAUAUUAGUCCUUGUUGUUUCGUUUUGCUGCUUUGAGCUGCUCCAUGAUAUAUGGGCUGCCGGGAAAUGUGACAGUGCGUAGAGCCAGAAUGAGCAAGUUCAAACGGUUGUUAUCUCCGCUUCAUCAGUUUUGCUUGUGCGCACAGCCCCUUCAUGCGACUGAUCAAAAACAGCAGUGACUCUUUCACUCACUUGUUUCCCAUUCAUCCGAACCAGGAAGCUGUGGUUAGCAGCUUUGGAAUAAGCCACAAUAGUAAACCAUGGUGUGAUGUUGGCUUAAUGUACUGACCAUACCGUAGUUUGCCAGUUUGGGUGAAAUGGGAAAAUCGCAUUAAAUGGAAGACUUCCUGACUUGCUCAAGUAGAAGGAGGCACAACGAGGCUGUUUGUUCAGCCAAAAGGCUUAUUCAGAUCUUGCUAUUAAGCAGAGAGUUGAGCAUCAGUCUCUUGCCUUUUAUAUUGUUUUUGAAGGACUCUGGGGCGACGAUGAAUUUCUUUGCUCCAAAAGCUUCGGUUUUAUUCUCUGCUAGGAGCCUUCUGUUGCUGAUAUACUCUUCAAUUUGAAUAUUUUUUGAGUUUAUUGAUUGGCCCUAGUUAACCCGAGGUACCACUGUAUUGUGCUGGGUUUUUUUUUUAAUUAUGAGACUAAAAAGCAGGCAGCCCCACUGUAGCAUUGGGAGUGGGAUUAAACUAGUGGGUGAAACAUAGUUGGAUUGACUGGUCUGUAAUCUUGCAAAUUGCAGAACCAGAUUCAUACUGCAGGUGGACAUUUUGUGUUAGAUCUGCCUUCGUUGAGGGAUCUGUGUGUUUCAUAGAUAAAAUAUAUAAAAGGAGGGAGGUCCUGGCUCCCUCUCCACAGGCUUCUUUGCCUUCUUGGGACCAUAUUUUAAAACAAAUCUACAUGUGCCUUAACAGUACACUUGCCUCAAUGUAAAUAUAGGUCUGUUAGUUUUUGAAGCACCUGUUUUGCCCUUUAUGACUGGAGGGAUUCACAGCCUUUUCUCCAGACUUCCUUUCCUUGCCUUGUCCCCCCCCCUCCCGAGGGGCAACCUCCUGGUUUCUCCUCCUUUAAAUAGCUAUCAGAAGCUGCAGGCCUCUCCCCGAUGCAGGGAAUAGCUCUGACCAACACAAGGACCUCAUCAGUGUCCAACUCUGGUGUCGGGAUAUUUCACCUGCUUAGGACCAAACCGAUGGCUCAGGUAGGCCUUGGGGCUUUCCUUUGUGCCUAUUAGUUAAGGGCUACUUGUGCUGGCUGGGGCUGGCAGGAGCUGUUCUCCAGAACACCCAAAGGGCACCAGGUUGGACAUGCCUGGUUUAAGCACACUGCCUAGGGGGACUCGGGCUGCAAACCAGCCUGAAGGCCUGCAGAGUGCACAUUUCUACUUUUUUUUGCAGAAAAACUGACCUGCCUUUUCUUUUAUAUGUUAAAAUAGUAUAUUUUUGAAAGAGUUUAUAAUGCGAAUUAAAAGUAUUAAUCUUAUUUCUUCAAGCUUGAGCAGCCAGCAAGGUUUCGUUUUGUUUGUUGGUAACAAGAGGGUUGGUGCCUUCGCCUUCUUCAGGAGGACCAAACUGGCUUAAUUGCUUAAUUGCGCAUGCGCCACAUGAAAUGGAUGUUUUUGCAGCAUCUGAAAAGCCAUCAUCUUCUUGUAUUCCAUUUUAUACACAAGUCCCUUUUGAAUUUGGUGGGACUUGCUUCCCAGUGAGCACAGGGGUGCAUGGCUCUGAACAUACAUGUUUACUCUGAAGUAAACCCCACCAAAAUCAGUGUGGUUUGCUCAUUCAUGUGCACAUAACUUUAUGGCAUUAAUGGGUGACUGAGACAAACGCAUUUAAUGUGGUUUUAGUUUUCCUCCAGCUUUGCCUAGUCAAAGGACAGCUGCCUAAAACUGCUAGUCCAAGAGGUUGCUCUUGUUGGACAGAAAAUCUAGUCUCUACUAGGAGAGCAGUUUUUUAUCUGUUCACUCUUUUGGGGAAGCCACGUCCAUGUAAGAAAUGAGAAUAGCUCUGCAGUGUGUAAAUGUCUUAAGCCUUAAAGGGAAGUUAUAUUUCAACAGCAAAACUCUGAAUGCCAGAUGGGACAACUGGCAAUCUCUCAACUCUUUAACCUCUCCUCUCCCCUUUAGAAACCGCCAGUUGAUGAGGGGUGCUUUCCCCCUCAGUAUUUUUGAAAUUUGCAAACUUCAUGUCUCCUUCUCACUUUCCAUAGUGUUUUUUGUUUUGUUUUUUAAAAAGAAAUAAAGCACUUUAUCAAACUGCAGGAAUUGGAGAACGUCUGACUACAGCUGAUAAACUAAAAAAAAAAUGUUUACAGAUUUUAUGACUAUCCAAAAAAAUAAAAUAAGAAUCUAUCAAAUGUUACAAAAAUGUGUGUUUGUGAAUGAUGUAUAAAACUUGUAUUAAAAAAAUAAAAUUUAUUUCAGUUGAAAAAUUUAUUACUCGUCUUUGAGAUGGUGUCAGGGUGCUUGGUUACUCAAGCCUCUUGAUGUGUGACAGGUUAUUUCUUGGCUGCGUGUGGAGCAAUGAACAAUCAAACUGAGGAGAUUGAACGACAGACAUUUAAAACAGAAGAAAUAAAAGGGCACUUUAAAACUGA